AUGGUUUACUUAUGGGAUGUUUCAGAAAUUGAUGUUAAAUCCAGUGAUCUAUCGACAAGUGUCUGUUCUGUAAGGCUUCAUCCAGUUAAGUCAAUAAAUGUAUCCAGUUAUCCGAUUAUUUCAAUUGCAUUCCGAUUGCCAUCUGUUUUAAUCAAUGAACAAGAAGACCUAAUACAUGAUGAUUUGGCUAUUGGGUGUUGGGAUGGUACAAUACAUUUCUACAAUUUAUCUUCCUUAUCUAUUGUGAGGUCGCUAUCUGCAUCAACGUCACUCUGUUCACUCGCCUACUCACCAAAUGGAGGGAAUAUAUUAGCAACGUUUGAUAAAGAUGGUGUAUUAAUGCUGUGGAACGAUAACAUACUUUGGUAUCAAGGUGGUUUAAUACAAGAAUACUCUUGUUUUACAAUUGAAUAUUUCCCAUAUGAUCAAAUUGAUGAAUUAAUUCCAAACCAAUAUGGGAAGAUAUGCUUUUCGAAACCAAAUGGUCAGUACAUUUUCCAGUCAGGUGGUGGCCAAUUUUUGAAUAAUUACAUUAAUAUAUGGGAUACUGGACUAUGGGGAACCUUUGGUCCAUGGAUUAAUGUAAAACCACCUCAAAUAGGUUCAGGAAAUCCUAUAUGUGUAACUUGUUUGACAAUAUUGCCUACUUACGAACAUGUUUUAAUAGGUUGGAGUAAUGGGGAUCUGACUGUUAUUCGGGUGUUUGACGGUGGAUUAAUUCAUUAUUUGAAAGCAGCAACAGAAGAUAAUUCAUCUAUCCAGUGUAUUGCAAGUAGUUGUACAAGAUCUCUUUCAGCAUUUGAUGCAUAUCAUAUUAUUGUUGGUUAUGCAUCUGGCGCUGUACGAAUAUUUCUAUGCAUUUUAAGACCAAAUGUUAGUCCACACAAAGAUCGUUAUGUGUAUCAGUCGGCAAAUGCCAUGUCAGAGUUUCAUUUCCAACUCAUUGAUACUUUAUGGUCACAUUGUUUAAAUCAUAAUGUGAAUGGUGGAGUGCCGGAAAAUGGAGGGACAUUAUGUGUUGCAAGUGACUUCUGUGUAGCUGUUACUGGAGGUGGGAAUGCUGAGACAUGGGUUCAUUUUAUUGGUCGACGGACUGGUUGUAAAAUUAAGAAAUCUGUUUGCCUGAAAGAACACAAUUCUGCAGUAAUCGCUGUUAGUAUGGAUAACAAAUUUUUUGCGACAGCUUCUAAAAGCAGACAAUUGGCGUUGUAUAAAUUCGAUUCAUUAGAACGAACUGUAACCUUAUGGCAUUUAAUCAAUGAUGUUGGAACAGCUCCAAUCACUUCUUUCCACUUAUUACGUAUGUUCCUGGGUGUGGACACAAUCAGUGUAUCGGUGUAUAUUGGUGAUAGUAAUAGUCUACUGCAUAAUUACGCAAUAAUUGAUAAAAAGUUCCAAUUGAAACAAACAUUUGAUGCAAAUAAAUCUCCUAUAAAAUUUAUGGAACGUGUUUCGAAUCAUUUGUUCGCUGCUUCGGAUGAUGGUGAAGUUAGCGUCUGGAAGCAUGAUAAACAUGGUGCUUUGCAAUUCUCUCACCGUCUCAAUGUCUGCACAGAUAUGCCGUCAAAGAAUAAUAGUAAUAAUAGCACUUUGGAAGAAUCAUAUUAUUUGACCAGCUUUUUCAUGUUCUACGUUGGUUAUGAUUCCUUGAAAUUUGAACGAAAACUAUGCAGUCCAACUAUUGAAACAAUCGAUAAAUUGAUGAUAUCCAAGCCUGAUAAUCAACAUACUGAAUCUGAUGAUGAAGUGAAGGAUCCGGAUUCUGAAGUUACUUCACUUAGUGGAUGUUGCAUGUCAAACAGCAAUAGUUAUGUAACAGGUUCAGAUCAAAAAAUUUAUGAAUGUGGUUACAAAAUACAUAUUGAUAUUGAAGAGAGAAAUAAAACAUAUUUUAUUGCUACUGAUUAUCUGAAAGAUGAACAAUUUCAUUUGUUGAAUUCAUGUAAAAAAGGAUACAUAGUUUAUCGAGAUACAUCAUAUGAUGCAACGUAUCGUUUAUUAUAUGGUGUUAGAUUAUCAUGCAAUAAAUCGUCUGAUUGCUCACAAGUUAUUCAGGAUUUUCGUUAUCGAAUAUUUGCACCAUUCAUUCUACAAUAUCGUGGUACAUUGAAAGGACACUCAGGUCUUGUUCCAUGUACACUGACCUCUGGAUGUACCACUAAUAGUGAUGAAGAUUGUAUAGUUGCCAGUGCAUCUGGUCGAACUGUGUGUGAUGUCGGUUGUGAUAUUCGUCUUUGGAGUAUACCUUCGAAAAGGAAACUAUUGAAUUAUCAACCAAAUCAACAUUUUGGACCGAUCACAUGUUUGGGCCAAUUAAAAAUUACAGAUCACUACAGUAUCUGUAUAUCAGGUUGUAUGGAUGGGAGUGUAAUGUUUUGGUCAUUUAAGAAUUCCGAGCCGUUGGAUCUUAAACAUGUGUCAGUUGCAGACUUGACAAAUAAAAAGUCUAUAAAAUGGAAACCGUUAUUACAUGGAUUUUGUUCAGCGUUACGACCAAAAUAUGCAAUAUCCGAUAUUGCUACACAAACUUAUGUGAUGGAUGAAUCGAAACGAACAGUGCAAUAUUUGAUUUAUAUUGCUUACGGUGAAAAAUUAUGGAGAAUGCGAAUUAUAUUGGAUCAGUCGAAUAUGUCUAUGAAUGAUGUACAAAAUACUUUUGAACGAUUGUUCUCUAUGAAUGGGAAAACAGAACUCCAUUUUGCAGAAUUAGAUGUAUUCUGGUCAUCUGAAUUAGAUAUUCCUUGUUCUGAUAUUGCUAGCUUCACUGCAAGUCAUCCUAUUGUAAAAAUAUCUCCACGUUAUGCUAAACCUAAUGAAUUAGAACAAUGUGAAGUUAUUGCUGUCCUCGUCAAUGGUGAUGUAAUUGUUUUGACGAGUAAUGAGCAUGAAAAGUUUUCAUUUGAUCAAUGUAUUGUAGAAAAUGGUUUAUGGUGCUCAUCUAUAGGUACGAAUGUUGUUGGAGUUUUCACCACACGUUCAGGCAUGGCUUUUAUAUGUAGACACACUGAUGAAAGUCGUACAUUUCACCGUAUUUCUGGAUACAUGGGAUCAUGUGAAAAAGAAAUGUGGAUAAAUACAUUGAGUGUUCUAUCUACCGUACAAACAGAAGGCAGUCAUUUAUUGUAUUUGGCUGAAUGUCAUCUUAUCAAUUGUUGGAGAAUUCUCAUUUGUAAUGAAAAUGGUGAUUUGGUGACAGAUUUUACACUUGAUAAUUCAUCAAUAAAAGUUACUGGAUAUUGUGCGAAGUUACUAUCACCAACUGAAGACAAUAGUUCAACAUUGAUCUAUCUUAUAAUUGCAACAUCAGAUAAUAUUUUACGUGUUCUAGGAUGUGCAAUAAACAAUCCAAUCACAGUGGUGAAUUCAAAACAGUGGAAACAGGUUGCUAUGUAUCCAGUUGAGACAGAAAUCACUCAACUUUAUACUCUUGAUGGUGAUAGUCAAUUGAAAAUUCUUGCCGGUGAUAGACAAGGACAAAUUCAUUGUUUUACAUUAUUGUGA